AUCGUUAUUUUUCAACGAAGUUGGUACACCUGAACUCUCAAUCCACUGUUUUUAGGUUAUGUGUUACCUCUCAUUUGUUUACACGUCUCGGCUCUUCCGAAUUUCAUCGUCUUGAUCCAGAAUUCUCUCCGUUUUUCAUCAUUUUUUCUGUGCGUUUCGAAAUUUCAUUAUUGCGUUCGCUCACGUUUCAAUUUUUUCGCUACUUUUCGCUCUCAUGCCGUGAACUUUGUCGCCUCCUGCCUAGUCCUCCGGAUGCAAAUUGUGUUCCGUAUUGUUGUGUCUUAAAACUGCUUCACCAUGUCCGAAAAUCCUGCCGGAUUCAACUCAUACUGGCCGAUGGAGGGUGAUCAAACUGCUGAUCAGUUCAGUGAGUCAGGCUUCUACGUUUCCAAUCCCAAUGUCAGCUAUCAACAACAGCACACUACACCAGUUUCGUUCCUUGUCCCGAAUGACAAUCUUGCAGGCGGCAACAUGUACGGUGGUUACUCCGAUGGACCUAGCAUGAACACGGACUUCGAUAACGAGCCGCCAUUGUUGGAAGAACUGGGCAUCGAACCAUCUAAAAUUUUGGACAGAUCCUUGGCGGUCCUGAAUCCGUUCCAGUCAGUGCCGUUUGACGAUGUAGAUUUAGUCGGUCCUGUUUGUUAUUGUUUAACGCUAGGAGGGCUUCUAAUUGUAAUGGGUAGCAAAAUCAAUUUUGGGUAUGUCUAUGGUCUUGCAGUUACAAGCUGUCUCAUGAUGUACUUUUUACUGAAUCUAAUGACAAAUACAACAGCCAUGACGCUGACUUUUGUCGCCUCUGUUUUGGGUUAUUCGAUCAUACCCAUGAUUUUCUUGUCGUGUCUAAGCUUAUUUAUCCCUUUGCAAACAAACGUAGUAGGUUGGGCUCUAACGGCUCUUGCCAUCUUCUGGUGCAGUUUCUCUGCUUCUCAAAUCUUCGUUUCGGUAUCAAAUGACUCUAAUCAAAGGCUUUUAUUUGUUUACCCAUGUAUUUUAUUAUACGGUGUUUUUGCGCUUCUGGUGUUAUUUUAAGGUCAUUGUAAACAAAUAAUUUAAUAGAUUUGUAAAGUUAUUUUUGUUCUACCUUUUUUAAGUGUUCUGAUUUGAACAUUGGCUUAAGAUUCGUUUCAAAGUUUGUAAAAUUUUAAAUAUAUUUGAUACGUUACCCGUA